UCUGUUGUAUUGUGAAUGACAAAGCGAGCGAAUGAACUGGGAGCGGUUGUGUAUUUUUUUUCCCUCCUCCUCUGAUUAAACCCUUAAUAAAGCGUAUGUUAAGACUUAAAGUCAGAAACGACACGGUUUUGUUUGGGUAAAGGACUAGAAACGUCUUUCAGCUUGGGCUGGAACAAAAAUAAAAAGGUAUGAGCCAUAAGUAAGCUAGCUAACUCUAAUGUUUAUCCAGCCCUUCUUUACCAGACUGGAUUCCGUUUGCGUGCCGUGAUUAAAGAAGAUUCCCUGCUGUUACACACACACACACACACACACACUCCUUUCCAGGAUCACCAUGCUGGCCCUGCUGUUGACUGCCCUGCUGGCCGUACACUCGAUCGCUCUGGAAGUUCACGUCCCUGAUUUCCCAGUGGUGGUGCUUUACGGGACAGACACCGUCCUCAACUGCACGUUCUCUGGGGCUAAGAAUUUUAGCCUGUCCGAGCUGAGCGUCUUCUGGCAGCUGGCUGACACCCAGAGGAGCGUGCACGCUUACUAUGACAAGCAGGACCGCUUCGUCGAUCAGGAUGAGCGCUUUUCUAACAGGACCAGUCUGUUUCCUGCAGAGUUAGCGUCCGGUAACGCGUCCCUGCUGCUGAGGAGAGUCCGAGUGGCAGACGAGGGCAGCUACACGUGCUUCGUUAAAGUGGACAAAUACAGCAGGGAUUCCAUGUACAUGCAGGUGGCAGCCCCUUACUCCAAACCAGUAGUGACCUGGGAAACCGAAACCGACCCCAAGCCAGGCGACAUCGUAGCACUGACCUGCCUGGCGUAUGGCGGCUACCCCGAGGCCGAGGUGCUGUGGCAGGACGGGAGCGGGCAAAACCUGACGGAGAACGUCACCGUGUCACCAGUAGCCAACGAGCAGGGUCUUUUCACCAUCAGGAGCGUCUUGACGGUGGUCCUCGAACCGAACAGCACCUACAGCUGCAGACUGACCAACCCGCUUCUAGGGGAUGAGGGUCACGCCUCCGUCACCAUCACGGCCCAGGCACCGGUAUUUCCUCAAGUGGCUAUGUGGGUAACAAUUGGGCUGGCGGUCUGUUUGCUUGGUCUUCUCAUCGCCUUGGCUGCCGUCUGCCACAGGAAAAUCAAAGAGAGCUGUGAAGAGAUGAGAGCAGAGGAAGAAGCUAAAGAACUUGAGGAAGCCAAAGAACUUGAAGAACACAAGACAGCUGCAACACCUCUAAAGAGCUAAAGGCAAAGAGCACAGGGUGAAACUACACAUGAAGCAUGGAGUCUCACAUUAACCUUCAGUGCAACAUGGCGUUCAACAAGAGGCACACACACACACACAAACACACACACACACAAUCUGUACAGGGCCAUUUUGGUGUUAACCUCUAUUACUUUAAAUCAAGAAAUUAACAACUGAUGUUGCUAAAAUUUUUGGAUUUUGCACAUUGACCAAAAAAAGAACAAAUGCCUUGUUCCCAGUUCUCGAUUGAUGUCAAAUAUCAAACCCUGUAUCGCUCACCGAUUUCUGUCUGCUUUCAUUUCUGUUAACUUCUUGCUUUGAGUUUUCCAAUUUUUUUAAAUACAGCAUGAAUAGAAAUAACCUCAGACGUUCUAAGUAGCCUAGCCUUGCUCCGACAGCACCGCUUACCGUGUUCUUCACAAAGACUCAGCGAGCAGGGUUUGGAAUUGUAUACAGUUAAACAGACAAUCUGCUUGAAGAUCAUUGAUGCCAUCUGACAAGCUUCCAGCUCCACCACUGACACCAGCUCCCUCCACUCUGCAUGCUAAGCCUUUCCUCAUGUUCCACCUCAUACCUAAUGGAAAGUGAAGAGCUUAAGAGCAAAACCGGUAAGGAAGCUGCCGUCAGUGCGUCCAGCAGAGUCAGAGUCUCUCUAUCUUCCCCACGCCGUCUCCACCAGCGCACCAGCACAAACUAAUUAAGGCCUGCCCUUGAACCAACAUGUUCCUGACAGCAUGUAGCUGUUUCUGAAAACUCAAUGACAUUGGGGAGAAAUUUGUUUGAAUUCCAGCUAAGCUUGAACAAAUUGCAAGUAGACCAAGGUACACACCUAGGUUUCUCUUUGUCCUGAUGGUAUUAUGGGGAGAAAUGGUUUUAAUGACUACACAGUAAUACUGUGAGGUGGAAUCUUUUAUGAAUCUUGUAUGCUGGGCUUUGAUUUGAUUAGAUUUUUUUUUGUUUUUUAACAGUGGUUCUUGAUACUUGGAACGUGUUCAGUGCCAAAUAAAUUGAUGUGGUUUUUCUUUUUCACAAAUGGAUUCAUGAACAUGCUUUAAAUAAUAAAACGAUUUGUCAUUAAAA